UCACUCGCUCGCACGCCCAGGCCACGCCAGAGCUGUUUUAAUUUGCCAGGAGGACAAAGUGAGUGAGUGAGUGACCGAGGGCGCGUUUGCAUGUGCGUAUCGCAUCCGUUGGGUUUUUGGCUUGAAGUGAGCAGGGCCAUACUGGCGUAGCCCAGCUCCACGGCUGUAUACGGGGUGGGGAAUGCCGCUGGUCCCCCCUCCGGCCUCCCAACCCAAUUCUCUGCCUUGCACAUUGUCUUCCAUUUACCUAGGCCCACAUUGCCGAGCCUUCUUCCCCUAGAUCCAGUCCUGCAGAGCUCCACAAUGCCCAGGCAAUACACAGUCCGAGGCUAGGAGCUCAUCCUAGAUUCGAACCACCAGUCCGACCCAGUCUCCCUGUCGCUGCGGCCAGAAGUGACCGUUCCAAUUGUCUCGAGUGACUGAGGUUGGGCCCUGCGGCCAAAGGAAAGAUGGUGGCCUAGUGGGAGAGCACCAUGAACGUCCAGCUGAGUUUGGAGAACGGUGGGAGCGGAGAGAUGUCGGUCCAAGAGCAAGAAUUGAUGCAUAGCGACAGCCGAGCCCUGCACUCGGCCCUACAGCGGCCAUCUUUGGUGACCUCUGUCCUGGAGGGUAGUGAAUACCACCGAGCCGAGCAUGCCUUGGCCACCACACUGCACCCAGGGCUGGGUUUCGGGGGCGACUCGCCCACCUCUGGGGCUGGCAACAGCUACACCACCUUGACCCCUCUCCAGCCUUUGCAUGAGAAGUUCCACCACCAACAUCACCAUCACCACCACCAUCACCAGUGCCUGCCUAUGGGCAACGUCAUCGGGAGCUUCACCCUCAUGCGAGAAGACCGGGGCUUGGGCUCCGGUGGGAACUUUUAUAGCCCAUACCACAAGGAGAUUGGCAUGGGGCAAAGCCUCUCCUCACUGCCCAGCCCGCAGCUGGGGCCCAUGCACAACUACACCGGGCACUCAGCCGCCGGGCAUCUGGGCAAUGAGAAGAUGGUCAUUGGCAAUGGCUUUGACGCCCACUCAACCGCCAUGUUUGGCCGGAUGGAGCAACACUUCCCGCGGGAGAUGUCUCCCUCCCAGAGCUCCACCAUGGCCUCCCCCAACGCCAUGAGCCAAACCCCCUACGGCCACCCCCGGUCGGACCUGAACUCGCGGCCCAACCCGCCCAUCGCCACACAGACCACGGUCCUCUCCAGCCAACUGGAGGAGAUCAACACCAAAGAAGUGGCCCAGCGCAUCAUCGCCGAGCUCAAGAGGUACAGCAUUCCCCAAGCCAUCUUCGCAGAAAGGGUCCUCUGUCGCUCCCAGGGGACCCUCUCAGAUCUUCUGAGGAACCCCAAGCCAUGGAGCAAACUCAAGUCCGGGAGGGAGACCUUCAAGCGGAUGUGGCGGUGGUUGCAAGAACCUGAGUUCCAGCGGAUGGCAGCUUUAAGGUUAGAAGCCUGCAAAAGGAAAGAGCAAGAUCAAAGCAAAGCCGACAGAAACCACGUCCCUAAGCGCCACCGGCUGGUCUUCACCGACAUCCAGCGCCGCACGCUCCACGCCAUCUUUCACGAGAACCAACGGCCUUCCAAAGACCUUCAGAUCACCAUUGCCCAGCAGCUGGGCUUGGAGCUGUCCACCGUUAGCAACUUCUUCAUGAACGCGCGGCGACGGAGCCUGGACAAAUGGAUGGAGGAAGGGCGGUCUCCGUCGACGGCGGGCCACGCCGCUAACAGCUCCUCGGCCGUCACAUGUACCAAAGCAUAAUAGGCAAUGCCUCGACCCUUUCCCCCUAACUCUCCUUUUACACCAAAGAUGGCAGAACGUGGCGCUUGACCAAGCAGCCAAGAUGGCGGAACGCGGCGCUUGGUCAAGCUGCCAAGAUGGCAGAACAUGGUGUUUGGCCAAGCAUCCAAAAUGGCGGAAUGCAGCAUUUGGCCAAGCACCCAAGAUAGCGGAAUGUGACGCUUGGUCAAGCUUCCAAGAUGGCGAAACGUGGCGCUUGGCCUAGCAGCCAAGAUGGCGGAACAAAACUUGGCCAGGAAGUCAAGAUGGCAGAAUGCAAACUUGGCCCACAUGUUCCA